GGGACGCAUUUGCUCUCGCCUGAUCUCCACUGUAGCCUGCCUGAGCUUUCUUGGGAGGGGAAGGACAGAACCCAGCCCAGUAGCCAUGUCGAGGUCUGUAAGUUUCAGCUCUCGCUCUGCUGCCCCCGCAGGGGGCUUUAGACAGGUCCGAGUCAGCAAUGUCUCCUCGACCCGCGGCUUGGGCGGGGGUGCCGGCUUGGGAAGGGCAGGUGGCUUUGGCAGCUCCAGUCUCUAUAGUUUAGGCUCUGCCAACAAGAGGAUUUCGCUGGGCGGUGGAGGCAGCUCCUACAGCGUCCACUCUGGAUAUGGGCUCGGCGCUGGGUACGGCGCAGGAGCCGGUGGUGGGUUCGCAGGUGCCGGCAUCCAAGAGGUGACCAUCAACCCGAGCCUCCUGGUGCCCCUCAACGUGCAGAUCGACCCCACCCUCCAGACGGUCCGUAAAGAGGAGAAGGAGCAGAUCAAGACCCUCAACAACAAAUUCGCCUCCUUCAUCGACAAGGUCCGCUUCCUGGAGCAGCAAAACAAAGUGCUGGAGACCAAAUGGAGCCUCCUGCAGGACCAAAAGACCACCCGCAGCAACAUUGCUCCCAUGUUCGAGGCCUACAUCAACAACCUGCGGAAGCAGCUAGACGGGUGGCUGAAUGACAAGGGGCGCCUGGAGGGCGAGCUGAAGAACAUGCAGGAUCUUGUGGAGGAUUUCAGGAACAAGUACGAAGAUGAAAUCAACAAGCGCACGGCAGCAGAGAAUGAGUUUGUCAUUCUGAAAAAGGAUGUCGAUGCUUCCUACAUGAACAAGGUGGAACUGGAGGCCAAGGUAGAUGCCUUGACCGAUGAGAUCAACUUCCUGAGGGGUCUCUACGAAGCAGAACUUCGGGAGCUGCAGGCCCAGGUCUCUGACACCUCUGUGGUCCUCACCAUGGACAACAACCGAAACCUGGACAUGGACAGCAUCAUCGCUGAGGUCAAAGCGCAGUACGAGGACAUGGCCAAGAAGAGCCGAAUGGAAGCUGAGUCCUGGUACCAAACCAAGUUCGAGACGCUGCAGGCCACGGCGGGGAAACACGGGGAUGAACUGCGCAACACCAAGACGGAGAUCACGGAGAUUAACCGCAUGAUCCAUAGACUGCAGGCGGAAAUUGACAACGUGAAAAGCCAGCGCGCCAAGCUGGAGGCAGCCAUUGCUGAGGCCGAGGAACGUGGUGAGAGGGCCAUCAAAGACGCCAUGGCAAAACAGGAGGAGCUGGAGGCUGCCCUGAAUAAAGCCAAGCAGGACAUGGCGCGUCAGCUGCGGGAGUACCAAGAGCUGAUGAACGUCAAGCUGGCGCUGGAUAUCGAGAUCGCCACCUACAGGAAGCUGCUGGAGGGAGAAGAGAGCAGGUUGGCUGGGGACCACGCCAGGAAUGUCAGCAUCUCUGUGCUCAAUUCUAGUGCUGGAGGCGGAUACAGCGGCGCGGGUGGGUAUGGCUUUGGAGGAGGAAUCGGCCUGGGAAGCGGAAUGGGCAGCGGGGGCCUCUCCUUCUCCUCCGGAGGCAGCCCUGGUGGUAUGAAAGCGUACUCUCUGAGAACAACCUCUUCCAGCAGAAGAAGUGACAGGAACUAAGCUCCAAAAACCAAGCCCAUCACUGCCGGAAUAUGAGUAAAAAAUAAAUAAAUGGCAUAGAAAGAAAAAGGUUUUAUCGUCUCCUGACAGCCAAACUGGUUGCAAAAUGCUGCAGUGAUGAAUGAAAUGCCAGUAAGAUACAUCACAGUGCAUGACCCCACCGCAGAUAGCCCAGGGCUUGACUCUGCCCCAUUGAGCGUUGCCACCAAGAGCAGGAUCUAGGGUGAAAUUCACCCCUGUGCAGAGGACAGGCUAAUGCCUACACGUGACUUAAGUCCUGCUAUAGCCCUUGGGCUGUCUGUCUGCAUGAAGGUGAAUUUCACCCACCCAAAGGCAAAACCAUUUGAACAUCAAGUUUUUCUAAAUUUCUGCUGGGAUUUUUCAAAUGAGCGCAAGCGAAUAAGGUGCUGAACUCCCACUGAAUAGGAUUUGGGCACCUAAACCCCCUAGGCUGUUUUGAAAACCCCCGCGCUUAGUUAAGAAUCCAUAAAUGGUCCUAGUUUUGUUAAAAAAAAGAAAUGGGCUAAAAUUCCAAUCAGUCUUUCUUUCUUUCUUUCUACAGAAAAAAAUGCAGACAGAUUUAAAAUUGGCUUUUUAGAAUGCAGAAAUUCACACCCACACAGUGAAGUUUGAAGGGCAUAAAAUUGCCCAAAAUUAAAUGUCCAAAAUAUGACUUUAAAUUUUGCAAUACAUUCCCCAGCCUUGGGCCUCUCCUCACUCUUUUUUCAAUCUGGUACGCUGGAUCAAAAAUAAAUACACCUCUACCCCCAUAUAACGCUGUCCUUGGGAGCCAAAAAAUCUUAGGUGAAACUGCUUUAUAUCGAAGUUGCUUUGAUCCGCCGGAGUGCGCAGUCCCGCCCCCCCGGAGCGCUGCUUUACCGCGUUAUAUCCGAAUUCGUGUUAUAUCGGGUCGCGUUAUAUCGGGGUAGAGGUGUAGCUUCCAUUUAUUUCCAACAUUCCAAGAGAAUGCAUGCUGCCAUGGCCCAUAAGAGUUGACUCUGUUAUUUCAGUACACACUGCAUUGACAAUCUUCGUUUAAAAGCAUGCAGAGGGUGGGAAUUAAUUAGUUUCACCACAAAAUGUAAGCAAUAUGGUUACUACAGUCUCUUCUCACUUACACCGGUGCAAAUCAGGAGUAACUCCAUUAAAGCCACUGCAUAAACAUGAGGCAAGUGAGAGGAGAACCAAGCUGAAAGAGAUUGUCUAUGGUAGAAAUAUUUAGGGACUCUUGAAUCUUGUAUUGUCUUUAUAUGUGUGCAAAGUGCUGUCAAAUCAGACUGGUGGCGUUUGACACUCUGCAAUUCCUUUGCUUAAGUGAUGAUGACACUUAAUGGGAUCUUACUCUGUACACCUUUAAUAUCACAUGCAGCAGACAACGGACCAGAUACACUUCUGUUGUAAAUCAGCACAGUGGCUUCAAUGGAGUUAUACACAUUUAUACCAGCUGAAAUUCUGGACCAAGGAGGGCUUCAAAUUCCUCUCACACACGAAGUGCUGGUCUGUUGACUUCAGCAGAGGGACGCUCGAUUUUCCUGAGUCUAACUGAAUUCAUUUUCAUCCAAGCACCCACCUCUUCAGCUGGUGUCAAUGGAUGUCGCUUUCUUAACUUCAGAGGAGCUGUGCUACUGACUCCAGCUGAGAAGCUACCACUAAAAGUCUAGCUGCUGUCGUUCUCCGAUGCAGAUUUUUCCCACGCUCUUCCUCUUUUGUUCCUGACGUGGCUCUGUAGUUUGUACAGCGAAUGCCUUGUCUUCCCAGUUCUUUUGUGGUUUUGCUACAACAUGGGUGAUGUCAUUUGGCCCAGAGGGCUUCGUGGCUGUAGUGUAAGAAAGAAUGAAUAAAA